GACAUUUCAUGGUCCGGCGAGUUUUUUUUUAUUACACACAUCAAUGAUCUCUUUGGUUGGAGCCUGGCGCAUCUCUCGCAUCUUUCCUCUUUCCAGUCAUAUCUGUGCAUGCUGUGUGGUGGUGGGCUUUGACCAUGUUCCAGACACGUCAAAAGUCUAGACUUACGUAUCUUUGCAGGCUGGCUAGCUAGCUACUAUCUACUAGUAUGGGUUAUAUACAUCACAUCAACCGAGCGCUUGGUCGCUCCAGUUGGGUGGUCCGUGAUGCAGGUUAGAUUGGAUGGGUUGGUCGGUCAUGCAUGUUGGUACCUACAGGCUGGUUCAUACGUGCGUCGCUGAUCUUGGAGGGCACGGUUUGCCGCCGUUGUCUGCUUGGCAUUAGUGCUUUGCUCUGGGAACCCGAGCAAUUUGGAAUCGGAUUGGCGAUGCUCAUUAGCACCCCGAAAGUGGAUGGCGAGACAAAGAGGGGUCGAAUGGGUAGUGAAGCCCGGUCAGGGAGCCAGCAGAUCAUGCGAUCGUGGAAGUGUGUUUCUCACCCCCCUCCCAUCCCUUCCUUCCUUCGCUUCCCUUCUUAUCCCGUGAGAAACCCCGAUCAGAUUGGUAGUAAUUUGGGAGGCAAGGUAGCAGUGCUAACUUGGUUUAAGGUGUUACCUCAACCAUGUGGCCGGCUACCCACCUCGAACGGCUCCCAUCUCGGCCACAUGCGGAAUCCUAGCAGGAUCAAUAAAAGUGCCACAGCACCCUCCCUGAUGCUGGUGAUGGGAUGCAGGCGUAUCGCCGGGUGCUCCCCGGCCAGGAGGGAGCAAAUCCCCCAACGACAGCUGGCUGCGGCGGUACGUCGAAGCGCUGGACUGUGCACAGUUCUCUCCCUGUCUCCGCACGACAUCCACGAGGGGAUCAGGCACCGUGAAGAGCGGAAAAGAUCCCAGGCGCUUCGGAUGGCGGUCGCCGAGAACGGGCCCCAUAAUUCAAUGACGCUGUUGCCGGCCUGCCAACCAACCAGUCCAAGUGUCAACCGCCAGUGCCCAUGGCUUUCCUCCGGUGGAGCAAGGCAGCGAAGCUAA